UCAACAGCGUGCGAUUUUGGUAAUGGCCUGCCAAGCUCAACUCUAACUCGGAUCAGCGACUUCGUUCCAAGAAGAAGAAAUCGAAAAGUCCACUUCAUUUUUCUCAUGACUGCACAGAGAGAGAAAGAGAUAAGAGACUAAAGCAGCUGCUAGCAUGAGUUCUUUCAUUCGGUGAAGACCUUGGACGGAGGAGAGGUGUGUUUCGUACAUCUGUGGCCCAUGGGGUUCCUAGGGUUUCUCUGUUAACAGUGCGUCCGCUAGCAUGCUCUAUUCCAAGGGUUUCUUUGUAGUUUUUUUCUUCCGAUUCCCUACGGCCUCUUUCUCGCACGCACGGAAAAUCCCAUCCCUUGGGUGAUUGACUACGGCUCCAACGCAAGUAGUGAGAUGAGCAAAAGCAACCCAGGCAACUCUUCCACUUUCAAAUGGCCACUCAACGGCUACUUUCCCCAAGAUCCACUCUCAGAGUCACAUUCUUCUUCACAAAACCACCAUUCCAUGACCAAGCUCAUUCUCACGGACUUCACUCCCACUCUUCUCCUCCAAACCCUGAUCCUAAGCAUGGCCUCAGAGCCCUUCAAACCCAGGACCAAUCAGAUUCAAUUCCUCCUCUAUCAGAUUCUUUCUCGGUUGAGAAGAUGCUGUUCUGUUUAAAGCAAGGUAAUUCCAAUUCAUUGCGCAAUUAUCUAUUUCUGUUAAACCCUUUACUUGUGGUUGAAGUUCUUUACCGGUGUCGUGGAAAUUUGCUUCUGGGUCAGAGAUUCAUUGACUCAAUUUUGUUGAAUUGUCCAAAUUUUAAGCAUUCGUCGCAAUCUUUGAGUGCAAUGGCUCACGUUUUGGUAAGUAGCCGGAGGCUUUCAGAUGCGCAGUCUUUGGUUCUUAGAAUGGUACGGAAGAGUGGAGUAUUGCGGGUUGAGGUUGUUGAAUCAUUGGCUUCGGUGUGUGACCGAUUGGGGUCCAAUUCAUCGGUUUUUGAUUUGUUGAUUAGGACCUAUGUACAAGCUAGGAAGUUAAGGGAAGGGUCUGAGGCAUUUCGUUUGUUGAGAAGUAAAGGGUUUCAUGUUUCUAUCAAUGCCUGCAAUAGUCUUCUUGGUGGGCUUGUGAAGGUAGGGUGGGUUGAUUUGGCAUGGGCGGUAUAUGGGGAAAUUGUUAGGAGUGGAAUUGGUUUGAAUGUUUAUACACUAAAUAUUAUGGUUAAUGCGUUAUGUAAAGAUGGGAAAAUUGAUAGUGUCAACUUGUUCUUGUCAGACAUGAAAGAGAAGGGGGUUUUUCCAGAUAUUGUGACGUAUAAUACACUAAUCAAUGCAUAUUGUCUUGAAGGGCUAAUAGAUGAUGCUUUUGAGGUAAUGAACUCAAUGUCGGAUAAGGGGUUGAAACCAGGCAUUUUCACUUAUAAUGCCAUCAUAAAUGGUUUAUGUAAGAACAGAAAGUAUGGAAGAGCAAAGGAAGUAUUGGAGGAGAUGUUGCGUAACGGGUUGUGUCCUGAUACUGCUACGUAUAACACACUACUUGCGGAGAGUUGCAGAAAGGAUAAUAUUUUGGAAGCUGAAGAGAUUUUUAAUGAAAUGCUGCACUGCGGUGUCGUUCCUGAUUUAUUUAGCUUUAGUUCACUUAUUGGGGUUUUUAUGAGGAAUGGGCAUCUUGAUAAGGCAUUAUUGCAUUUCGGAAAUAUGAAGAAAGCUAGCUUGGUUCCAGAUAAUGUCAUCUAUACGAUUCUUAUAGAUGGGUAUUGCAGAAACGGCACAAUGUCAGAGGCAUUGAAGAUGCGGGAUGAAAUGCUUGAGCGAGGUUGUGUUAUGGAUGUAGUUACAUACAACACCAUUUUGAAUGGAUUGUGCAGGGAGAAGAUGCUGGCUGAUGCAAAUGAGCUCUUCAACGAGAUGGUAGAAAGGGGUGUCUUUCCUGAUUUCUACACUUUCACCACUCUCAUUCAUGGGUAUUGCAAGGUUGGGAAUAUGAAUAAAGCACUUGGCUUGUUUGAGACAAUGACGCAGAGGAAUCUCAAGCCUGACAUAGUGACAUACAAUACAUUAAUUGAUGGGUUUUGCAAAGUAGGUGAAAUGGAGAAAGCUGAGGAGUUAUGGGAUGAUAUGAUCUCUAGAGGGAUUUCUCCCAAUCACAUUUCCUAUGGCAUUCUCAUUAAUGGAUUUUGUAGUAUGGGGCAUGUAUCUGAGGCUUUCAGGUUGUGGGAUGAGAUGGUUGAAAAAGGCAUCAAACCCUCUAUAGUUACAUGCAACACUGUUGUAAAGGGCUAUUGCCGGUCAGGUAAUGCAUUGAAGGCAGAUGACUUCUUGAGCAAGAUGAUGUCAAAAGGAGUUGUUCCUGAUAGCAUUACUUAUAACACUCUUAUCAAUGGUUACGUAAAAGAAGAGAAUAUGGACAAAGCUUUUUUUUUGAUAAACAAGAUGGAGAGACAAGGACUAUUGCCAGACAUUAUUACAUAUAAUGUAAUUUUAAAUGGGUUUUGUAGAGAAGGUAGAAUGAAAGGGGCCGAACUGAUAUUGCAGAAGAUGAUUGAGAAAGGCAUAAAUCCUGAUAGAUCCACCUACACCUCAUUGAUAAAUGGACAUGUGAGCCAGGACAACCUGAAGGCGGCAUUUCAGUUCCAUGAUGAAAUGUUACAAAAGGGAUAUGUUCCAGAUGAUAAAUUCUAACUAUUUAGCUGUUUUAGUAGUGGCAAACUGUGUUCAUUUGGCUGCAUGGCAGAUUUAUACUGAAGACUGAAGGUGGGAUUUAUUAUCGUUUUGCAUUCUUCAUUCUUACAUGCAAAUAUAGAAUGCUGAGCUAUGUAACUGAAGUCUUGUGAUUAUCUUACUCUUCUGUUUGUGUAACAAUACAAGAAGUGCUCAAAGAGUAUAAGAAAUCAGAGAUUGGAGUUCCUGGAAAUGGGCAUAGUUUAAUUGCUUGUGAUUAAGGUGACGCUACUUCUAUCCUGAAUAAGCCUUUUGAUUAAUUUGGACACGGGGUUUUGAAUUAACGAAGUUUAUACAUUUAAGUUUGUCCUAUAGGGGACUUUGAAUCAAGGAAUCCUGGUCUAGAGAGUUUAAUGGCUCCGAUUUGCACUGGGUCACAACAAGGUCUUUCAUGCCACAUUCUGCAUCCACCAUUCAGCACGUUUUAGACUUGACUUUGACUUUUGCAUGGGUGUGAUUUAUAUAUUAGCACCUAUGCCUUAAGGUUUCUGAACUGUUCAAAGAUAUUGGAAAGCAUGUUAUCAGAAUUGUUAUGGGAUGGGGGGCUGAGCAAAAGCAAAGGAGGCUAGCCAGCCAUUUCUUUAUGAUCUAAAGAUUAACCACACAGGUCUAUAGUCAGGACCUUGAGGUUCUCUACUCAAUCCAUCUCUCAACCCUAAACCGAACAACAUUUGACUGCUUGCAUGAAAACUUUGCGUCAUCUUGCAGCAAUUUAACCCCCUUAUACCAAAAAAGGUUUUCCCGUGAUGGUUUAAAUAUCUGCUGCAACCCUCCUCCUCCACUCGGAUUUGGAACCAACUCGCAAAGAUAUAUGAAUGUGUGUAACAUAUCACAGGUGAGGUAGGUUUACUUCGGCCCGGUAGCGACAACGGACAAGAGAUGUGUUGGAACAGCCUGGGACUGUGGUCCAUUAACAAGGAAUCAAAGCUUUGGCAGGACUGUUCACGCCGUUGGAAGCCUGUGGAAUUCGUUGCCCAAACAAACUGCAGGGUGCAAGCAACUUGGUCUGAGAUAAACUCAAGUGGUGGAAUCCACCGUUUGUCUUUUAUUUAUCUCUAUGAAUUGUUAUUGUACACCUUUUCCAAAUCUUCAUUGUUUUUGUUUAUCUCGUAAUAUGGGUUGCAGCAAUUGUGCAACGAUGUUGACCAAUGGGAUUACAUCAUUAAUUGGGCUUUGGUUGGAAAGGGCUUCACUAGGCAGCCAGAUUUUAUAGACUGACGUUCUUGUCUCAUCAUCAUUUUUCUUCUUA